UCACUAAGCCAACCAUUAGAAAGUAUUAGCGAAGAAAUUCAAAAAGAAACAGCUCAGACUCAUUCACAAAGAGAGGGAAGAAUGUUUUCUUUUCUCAUCCCUUUGUUAGAGUUCAUCAAGGUGGUUAUUGCUUCCGUUGCCUCCGUAGUCUUUUUAGGCUUCGUCGGUAUAACACUCGCCGGUUCGGCCGUGGUGUUAGCCGUAUCCACGCCGCUUUUCAUCAUAUUCAGUCCCAUUCUCGUACCCGCCACUAUAGCCACGACUCUCCUAGCAACUGGGCUGGGCACUUUUGCCCUCUUCGGAGUGACGGCCGUGGGUCUCAUCAUUUGGCUCCUUAAGCAUAGGAUGGGAGUCAAGCCGGAGAACAAUCCACCUCCUGCAGGAGCUCCCCCGACUGGAUCUCCGCCGGCAGCACCGGCAGCACCGGAAGCUCCGGCAGCUCCAGCAGCUCCGGAAGCUCCGGCAGCUCCGGAAGCUCCGGCAGCUCCAGCAGCUCCGGAAGCUCCGGCAACUCCAGCAGCUCCGCCAGCUCCAGCAGCUCCGCCAGCUGCGCCAGCUGCCCCAGCUGCGCCAGCUGCACCAGCUCCAGCAGCUCCGCCAGCUCCAGCAGCGCCGCCAGCUCCGGCAGCUCCACCAGCUCCGCCAUCCUUCCUAUCUCUUUUCGAAAUGAAAGAAAUCCAAUGACCGAGGCAAAUCUAAAGGUGGAAAAAAAUCCAAAGGUAAAGGUAAAUCCAAUGGAAGAGGUAAACAUGAAGGUGAAGGUAAAUCCAAGAGUAGAAAAAGUAAAUCCAGAGGUAAAGACAAAGAGAAAUCCAAGGGUAAAGGUAUAUUCGGUAGAAGUUCACGUAAGGGUUCAUCUGAUGAUGAAAGUUCAUAAGAUGGAACUUGAUAUAGGAAUUGUGUUAAACACAUGGGAAAAGAUAAAUUCAUGGAAGAGUAAAGGACAUUGGUCCAUCUAUUCCAAAAUUUAGAAUACAUUGUGUACUUAAUUAUUCAUGAAUUUAUGCCACCUAUAAGAACAAAAAGGCUUUUGAAUAAAUUUAAUGUAAUGUUAAAUGUUAAAAGUGCUUAUGAUUUUUAAAAGAAAAGGUAAAAGAAAA